AUGGCAAGCCCAGAGGAAAAUCUCCGCGAGGAGCUCGUCCGGUUCCUGACCCGCAUACCACCAUCGAGACUGCCCACGCGCGCCGACGGCGGCCACUACGCCGUCGCCCUGGCGCCGUGCUGCACGCCGGCGCUGAAGCUCCAGUGCGAGGCCGCCGACGCCGCGCUCGCGCGGCUGCGCGCGGCAACGCGCGAGGACGGGCGCCCCGGCGCGGCCGCGGCCCACGCCGAGGCCGUCGCGGCGGCGGCGCGCGCCGCGGCCGCGGCCGUCGCCGCGGUGCGCGCGUCGCUGGAGGCGGGCGCCGCGACGGACGCGCGCGUCGCGCCCGGCGGCCUCGCCGUCAGCUGGACGUCGUCGCUCGGCCCUGGCGACGCGAUCAGCGUCGUGGCCGACUACGACGCCCGGAAGCCCAUGUUCGCCGUCGCCGGGGCCCUGCUCCCGACGCUCGUCGCGUGCGCGCGCCUCGACGAGGCGCUGGCCUGCGCGGCGGGGGCGCAGGCCGGCGAGCGGUGCGCCGCGCGGGAGCUGGCCGAGGACGUGGAGGCUGGCCUCAAGCGCGCGGCCGCGGCGCUCAAGGACGCGGCGGGUCUGUGGCAGGCCGCGGCGAAAGUCGACGCCGCGGGGUCGUGGCACGCGCUGCAAAAGGUCCCGGCCGAGGCCUCGCCCGCGGUCGCGACCGCGCGCGGCAACGCUUGCCUCGCCGCCGCCGACCGACUCGUCGUCCGCAAGGGGCUGGCACUGAACAACCCCGUGACGGCGCGGCUCGCGGACGGCGCGGCGGACCGCGCGGCGGCCGCGGCGAUGGCCCUCGGCUGUUCCGAGACCGCCGUCGCGGCGCUCGCGGCCUUCGCCGCCGCGGAUUUACUGAGAGCGCGGCAAGCGGCGGCCAAGAGCGACGCGGCCACGUUUGGCGACGCCGUGGCUCACGCGCGGCGCGGCCGCGACCGGCUCGCCGCCCUCGCGGGGGCGGGCGCGUGGCCGGGCCCGCCGCCCGCGGCGGCCGACCUUGUAAAACUUGCGGGCCGCGCGACGGCCGGGCGCCUCGGCGCCGCGGCCGCCGCGUACUACGACGAGCUCAAGCACACGAACGAGCGCGUCUACUACGCGAAAGUGCCGGACACCGCGCCCGCGGACACGACCUUGACGCUGGCCGAGGCGACGCCCUUCUUUUCAGAAACCGGGCCGCCGGCGCCGCUCGCAAAGCCGGCCGACGACGACCCGCUCCUCGACGCCUUCGACGCGGCCCGGUCCGAGGCGGUCGCGGCGCGGCGCGAGGCGGCGGCGGCCGCGCGGCGCGAGGACGAGGCCCUCGCGCGAUCCCAAGAGGAGCUCCUGGCCGCCGCGCGCGAGGACCGACUGGACCGGCGGGACGCGGCCGCGGCGGCCGUCACGCAACAACGCGGCCUCGGCGGCGUCGAUGCGUUCUUCGACGCGUCGCGCGAGGCGGCCGAGGCGCGCGACGCGGCCUACGCGCGGUCGCUGCAGGAGGCGAGCGCGCGUGCGCGCCGCGAGGCGGAGGCGCGGGAUGCGGCCUACGCGCGCAGCUUGCAGCACGAACGACCGCGGGCCCCACCGACACCGCCUAAGCCGGCGGCGGCGCCGGCCGCGCGACCGCCGGCGCCGCCCGCGCCGCCGUCGUGGACGCGCGACGCCACGCCGUGCGCGGACGCGCUCGCCGACCGCCUCGACCGCCUGCGUGCCGCGCCGAGCGCCCCCGCCGCUGAUUACGAAUUGAGCACGGACGACGGCGACGCGCCGACUCCGAAAUCGCGGCCGAUCCGCGGCACGAACCGCGGCCUCCGGGAGCUCAAGGCGAUCAGGCUGCGGCACGGCGGCCGCCUCGUGGCGGCGGCGGGCUCGGUCGUGGCGUUCGGCGGCUGCCCGGGCCCCGCGGCGAUCGUCAACGCGGCGAACGCGCGGGGGUUCGGUGGCGGCGGAGUCGACGGCGCCGUCUCGCGGGCCGGCGGCCCGGCGCUGCGGCGGGACCGGGCGGCGCUGCCCCAGGACGCGCACGGACUCCGAAUCGGCGUCGGCGACUGCGUCGCGACGGGACCGAACGCCUACGGCCAGCUGCGCGUCGAGUACGUCCUGCACGCCGUCGGCCCCGACUUCCGGCAAGGCGGCGGCUGGCGCGGCGGCGAGGCGUCGCUCAUAAGUGCCUACGCGGCGGCGCUGCGCGUCGCGCGGGAGAAGCGCGUCCGCCACGUCGCGUUCUCGCUGCUGAGCGCGGGCGUCUACCGCGGCUCGGUGCCGCUGGAGCGGGUCGUGUCCGUCGGCCUGCGGGCCAUCGCCUCGCAUGCAUAUCCGGGCCUCGACGAAGUUUACGUGUGCGCCUACUCGCGCGAGGAGAAGGACGCCGUGUGCGACGCCCUCGACGCGCUCGAGAACGAGGCGGCGCCCAGCGAAGACGCGGACCGGAGGUACGCGGAGCGGCUGCGCGCGGAGUUGGACGAGGAGCGCGCGCGCGAACGGGCGGCGAACGAGGCGCGGGACGCUGCGUACGCGCGGUCGUUGCAACAGGACAGCGCGCGCGCGCGCCGGGAGGCGGAGGCGCGCGACGCCGCGUACGCGCGAUCAUUGCAACAGCGCCCCCCUCCGGCGCCGUCGGACGAGGGCUGGACGACAUAUACUGACCCGGAGACGGGCCACGCCUACGACUACAACGCGCAAACGGGCCAGAGUCGAUGGGCGACGCCAGAGAGCGACGAGCCGCCGCCGCCGCCGCGGAACCCCUUCGCCUACUAGUAUGUGGAGCUCCGCCUCCUUCUGCCUUCGAGAUUUCUAAUUUAUUUGCUUUG